AUGUCCCAUGAUGGAUCUCUAUCCGGGCAACUUGUUCCCUUCUGGGUACACACGCACCACGAGAGCAAGUCCUCGGCAGCCGUACCGACCCCUGAGCCAGUGCAUCAAGUAAACCUCCAGGCUGUUCUCGGCAGACGCGACGCCGUCCUCCCGGGGCCGCCAUAUCCUCAGAGGGUACCUAACCCCCGACGCGAAAGAAUCAACGAGCAAGUUUGCAAGGAUGGCGAACUCGUGCCUUUUGAGAGGAGGAAGAAGAAGAAGAACAAAAUCGUGAUAUUGCCGAUUCCUUUUGGACCUCAUGUUAUACCUUUCCCUUCCCCGUUCAAACCGGCAACCAGGACGUACGACCAUGAUUUGGUGAGCGGUUUUAUACAAGUGGACUUGCCCAUGGCAUUUAUCAAGCCCAGCAGUCCAUCCGUUACACCCCCGUCCUCGACUGCCUCGAGCGCACCGGGCGCCGAAGAGACCGCCAAGUCGAGCAGGGUGAAAUCCUCGCAGAGAUAUCAACAAGCUGUCUGGAUCUGGGCCGUUGCUCGGUGGGCUAAGGAGGAAAAAAGCGAGACCGCUCACAUGGUGAAAAACAAAAACCUUGACGACCGGUUCACGAAGGACUUGGAAAUCUGGAACCAGUUCAGAAACUGGUUUUAUGAGGAAGCCAACGACCGCAAUUUCAUAUACAAGCGAGACUUCAUGCACGCCUUGAUCCAGCGCUAUCAACUGUGGGUGCCCGGGACCUACCUGCCAGAGCAAUGCCAUCCCAUCAUGGAAACAAAGUACACCGAGUGGGAUAAUAAGAAGGAGUUCCCUUGCAUUGUGGCCAUUGCCCGCCAACACAAGUACAACAUGGUCGAAAAGACGCCUACGAAAUGGACUUGGAAGAGCAGCAAGGUUGACGCGCCGAUCCCUUUCAUCCUGCCCGUUAAUCGAGUUGGCGGCUACGAUUACCUCUCGUGCGAGUUCCGCAUCAAUACAGGCGGCAACAUCGAGAUCCGCUGCCCGGGUUUGUUCAGCACCGACGGGAAGAGGUUCGAACCACCGGCACCCCAGCAACCGGCGGCGUCGUCUGUCCCGAGCGUGACUUAUAAAAGUUCAGCUCCCAUUGCCCCCUCCGCGGUCUCCCCUCCAUACCGCUACUAUUCUCCUGGUUCGGAACCUGUUGGUGAUACAGUCAGCGUCAAGACCAUCGACAAUGAUUCCUUACCAACUCCCAGCAAAGCGUCCACCACCCGUCUGCCACCGCUGCACUUGCCGAACCACGGCGUGGGCCCAUAUGUCCCCAACAUCUCUCCGUCAUCACCCUCCACCGCGGCUAGAUUCCCCGCCUGUCGCGGCCCCGUGGCGCAGCCCACCCCGACUCCCAAUUCUGCCUCGUAA